GAUAAUAAAAGAACAGAGGACCAUAAAAGCACCAUUCUUUGUACUAAUUCUUAUCAGUUGUACUAAUUCUUUUGGCUUUAUGUGAUUGUGUUUGUUACGGACAACCUUGGAUCAACAAAAGCACCAUUCUCUGAUUCUGAUUCCCUGCAACUUCAAUGGCUUCCAAAAGGGUUCUUCUAAUUGCUGGUGAGUUUGCUGAGGACUAUGAGGCCAUGGUUCCAUUUCAAGCACUGCAAGGCUAUGGUGUCGCCGUCGACGCCGUUUGUCCCGGACGGAAGGCCGGUGAUUUCUGUGUAACCGCCACUGAACAGAUGGCUGGUCAUCAGACUUACUCAGAAACACGCGGUCACAAUUUCACUCUGAAUGCAACAUUUGAUGAGGUUGAAGGCUCAAACUAUGAUGCAUUGGUGUUACCUGGUGGCAGAGCACCAGAGUAUCUUACUCAGAAUGUGCGCGUGGUGGAGUUGGUGAGGGAGUUCAGCACUUCAGGGAAGCCUAUUGCUACCUAUUGUCACAGUCAGGUGCUUCUUGCAGCCGCCAACGCGCUCAAGAACCGCCAGAUCACUGCAUAUGCUCCUGUUGGACCUACAUUGAUAGCUGCUGGUGCUAAUUGGGUUGAACCUCAAAGCUUGGAAUCAUUUGUGGUGGAUGGUAAUAUCAUUUCUUCUGUUUGUUAUCUUGCACAUGCACAAAGCAUUCAUCAUUUGGUUAAGGCUAUGGGAGGGACUAUAACUGCUACCGCCAAGAGAAUCCUCCUUCUUUGUGGGGAUUACAUGGAAGAUUAUGAAGUGAUGGUUCCCUUUGAAGCCCUUAGAGCUUUAGGAUGCCAUGUUGAUGCUGUUUGUCCCAAGAAGAAAUCUGGUGACACCUGCCCAACUGCUAUUCAUGAUUUCGAAGGUUAUCAACAUUUCAUUGAGAAGCCAGGGCAUGACUUUGUUCUGAAUGCUACCUUCGGCGACGUGGAUGCUUCCGGCUACGACGCGCUUGUCAUUCCCGGAGGUAGAGCCGCCGAGUAUUUGGCCUUGAAUGAGACUAUCAUCUCUUGGGUGAAGCAUUUUGUUGAAAGCAAUAAGCCAAUUGCUGCAAUCAGCUAUGGACAACAGAUUUUGGUUGCUGCUAAUGUCCUCAAGGGAAGGAAAGUAACUGCAUACCCUGCAAUGAAGCUUAAUAUGGUAUUAGCAGGAGCAACAUGGAUUGAACCAAAUCCCAUUACACUUUGCAUCACUGAUGGAAACUUAAUUACUGGUGCUUCAUGGCUAAGUCACCCUCACUUCAUUUCUCACCUCAUGGCAUUACUUGGUAUUAGUGUUUCUUUCUAGUUUAGUAGUUUGCAACGGAAUCUAUAAUAAUAAAGUAUUCUUGCAUGUUAGCCAAAUGAGCCUUAGCUCAAGUGCCAUUAGGUCCUCCACUAUAUGUAACCAAAUAAAAAGAGAAAAUAAAAAUGCUUUUUAUACAUUUCUGUGUGCAAUUUCUUUUUCCCACUAAUGGAAUAUGAGAAAUGAUUUUUCGUUCACCAAGUUUUCGUAUGAAGAGU